AUGAGAUCCAUCCGUUCCCUCCACGGUCUCCGGCCGCACGCCGCAUCCAAGAAGCCCUUCCAGCAGAUCCGGCACUUCCACCCUACGAGACCGUCGCCGUUUGUCAGCGAGGUACUGGAUGUUUCCUCCGGCUUCGUUCAUGGCAUUCAUUCGGUUACACAUCUUCCAUGGGUCGUUUCCAUUCCAUUGACCGCUUUGAUUGUUCGCAUGACGGUAGCAUUGCCCUUACAGAUAUACAGUAGGGUUCAGGCACGCAAAGAACGGGAUAUCACGCCGCUUUUGAUGUCCUGGAGGACAUCUUACGAAAAGGAGGCCUUUAAGAAUUUGGAAGAUAAAUACAACAUGUCGAUAUUCUCCAAUACAAUCAAGGCAGCGGUGGCAGGCAAAAUGAGAAAGAAACGGGCGCAAUUGAAGAAGCAUUGGAAGGUGGCUCGGUUUUGGAAGCCAGUCAAUCUCUUGCAGAUUCCCAUCUGGCUCUCGGUUAUGGAGAGUAUCAGAGCCAUGUCCGGGAGGAACGGCCUUUUCCAGCCCGACGUGGAGCCUUCGGAGGCCGCAGAGACAGCGAAGGCUGGUAGUGAUGCUCUCUCCUUAGUCGAGCCAUCUCUUGCGAAUGAGGGUGUUCUCUGGUUUCCGGAUCUUCUGGCUGGUGACCCAACGGGAGUGCUUCCUGUCGCCCUGACGUUGUCGAUCUUACUCAAUAUCCGCACCGGCUGGAAGAUCCCGUCUCUCAAGGAGACGGCCGAUCUACCGUUCAGGGAGAUGGUCCCACAUCUUGCCCUGAAGGGGCUUAGGGGGUUUGUUGGGCUUCUAGCCCUCAAUGUUGGAGCGUCGGCUUUUGCUUCGCAAAUGCCAUGUGCGCUUAUGAUUUAUUGGAUAACAAGUACAAAUGUGGCUACGUUGCAGAGCUUUCUCCUAGACAAAUAUUUGUUCGCGAGACCGCCACUUAAAACCUGGAGACGCAUGCAUGUGGGAUAUGCUAAGCCGGGACAACAACAGCUACUACAAUGGAGAAUUUGA